CUGUAUUUCUUCGAUCGCACACGCCAGGUCGCAGGCUUGUAGGGACGGGUGGGUAGAGGGGGGAGGGGGUGGCGGGGAGGGAGCGUGGACAUGGCGCGCAGGCCGGAGUUCGUGCCUAAUGAAGACUUCGAGAACGACCCUCGGCCAGAGCAUGUCAUCUGGAAGUAUGUGAAGAAGGGGCAGGUGUGGAUCAGCCCUUCGGGAGUGGACCCGAAGGGCAAUCAUGAGCUACGUUGCAGAUUGUGUGGUCACUGGUGGGUCGGCAACCAGACCGAGGCCAGCCUGCACUUCAACACCGCACACGAGCAUGACGGAUGCCCGCAUGCGUGCGUGUACAUUCUAAGGGAGUUGCAAAGGGCGGGCAUAGCCUUGAAGGGUUCGCUCCCUGUCUAUGUGCAGGAGGCUGACAGGCAGGGUGAGCUCGAUUUCGAGCAUCCCCUCAACUGGAGAUUGCCUGGUCGUGUAGCACGACAACCCCCCCUGGUCCCUGCGUGUGAUCUGGCACAGGGACGAGGGCGGGCAGACCGAGAAGUUCCGGCACCGGUGGUACGGCAGGACGCGCGCCCCUGCGAAGGAGCGGGGGCCUCUGGAGCAGCGGGCCCGUCUAGUGGAGGGCGAGAGGGAGCAGGAGAGGGCCCGUCAGGGGUAGAGGGAGCAGGAGAGGGUUCGCGUGGGGGAGGGGACGAGUGGGACGAGACAGAGCGUGUAGACCAUGCAAGGGCGAGACAGUUUGAUCCGGUGGGGAAGAGGCCGCAUGGUGCUUCACAUUUGCAACCAGGGAGGAGAUGGUGUGUGCCUGAGGGGGUUGAUGGCGGUCCGUGGGACGAGCAGCAGUGGUGGAGGGAGAGGAUGCUCCAGCGAGAGAGAGAUGAGGGCAUACCUGUCCCUGCCGACCUCGAGGAAGGGCUGGCUGCAGACCCUGCGGAGCGGAGACAGGCUCGGCACCGAGUGCCCAGAGUGACCCACACUCGUUUCGAUGGUUGGGUCGAGCACCCCACCCAGUACGACCUCGACAUGGCGUACAUCAGAUUCUUCGUGGGCUGUGAUAUCCCGUUCAACGUCGCUAGAUCAGAGUGGUAUUUGGCUUUACACGACGGGUGUGAGCAUCAGAUACUGCGAGAUGUCGCCAUGUGCUGCUUGGGCGCGUGGACCACUGCCUCUCCCUGUGAGAGGAAUUGGUCCACACACGACUUCGUGCACACGAAUAGGCGCAACAGGCUGGGUGUCAAGCAAUUGGAGAAGCUUGUGUUCUGUCACUGGAACCUCAAGCUUCUCCAGAGCAGUCAUGCGCAUGGCGGGUUCAUAGGGGCAGGCCUCCUAGGGGUCGAAUUGACUGAUGUGGAGAGGAGGGCUGAGGACUACUCUCGUUUUGAGCCGGACGUGAUGGCCCCAAGGACAUACGACCCGACAGAGAUGGAGAUGGAGGCCAAUCGCCUCAGGAGGCAGUCGAGGGGCAGACGCUUGACGCGGGCUGCAGCAGCAUUGGCCCAUAAGAUUCUCCAGCAGGGCGAUGACACGACCCGCGGGGAGGAUGUGAUUGACAAUGAUGUGUCGUGGUUGCCGGGGCUUUAUCGAGGGGACGGGUUUUUGGAUGUCGAGGCCCCUGCGACUGUGAGCCCUGCAGGUCCGCUAGACUUGUGGACAGCAUCGGCUGUCUACUGCGAUGCCGAGAGGGAUUUUGCGGCGUACUUGCCGAGACCGUUGUCUGAUCUGCCGCGAGUUGACCCUGAUGCGGAGACUGGCGGUGCGGACUGUGCAGAGCCCGUUGGUGGGAAGGCUGCUGUUGGCGAGGCUGCCUCCAGAGAGGGAGGCGUGGAGAGGGACAAUAUCACACACGACCUGGCAGCCGUCGGUUACUCGCCAGAGGAGAUCGAGCAGGCAUUGGUGGGGUCCCCUCGGAGACAUGGACGAUGCACGCCGCAGCAGGGGAUGUGCACACGCCACGGGGCGGAUGGUGGAACUGCACGCGUUUCUCCCUUGCUCCCGUUGCCACGUCCAGAUUCUUCUUUGGCACUGGGGAUCGCAGGCCCCGGAUCGCAGCCGCCUCCCACGAUGGAUACACAGGGUGCCAGUGGACAUUGCAGCGGCACAGGGGCACACGACUCCCCAGGCACUGGUCUUCGUUGUGCAGCCACCCCCGCGGAUUUCGGCGCACAUGCGACGAUGCCGUUGCCGCCCAGAGACCCCUCAGUCGUGAUCGAGCCGAUUCGAUCGUUCGUUGGUCGCAAGAGGAAGCCUGAGAGUGUCGCGGGAAAGGAGGUCAGGGGAGCUGCAGGUUGUGGCGGAGGCCGAGGCCGGCCAUCGGGAGUGGGGAGGUGCGCGGGCGAGAGGGAUAUGUCAGGACAGCUAGCACUGAUGUCGAUGGAACAAGACACCGGGGCACUGCCACGACGCAGUGCCAAGCUUGCAGGGCGUGCCCGCUCUGUGAUACCUCUCCGACGCAGGACUCAGCGACUCAGCAGCCGGACGACUCCAGCGGCAUCGAGUACAGCAUUGACGGUACCGGUUACCACCGGAGUUCUUCCCGCAUGCCCGGUCCAAGGGGCCGGUGAGCCGUUGGCAGAUUACCUUCAGCGGGUACAGGCAUUCACUGAUGCCGUAGCAACCGCAAAGGCACAGGAGGAAGCAGAGGCGGAGCGUCAGCGGCUGGCCAAUGAGGCGGCAGCCCAAGCUCAUCAGACUGCUGAGGAUGACGCAGCAGCACGGGACCAACGGAAUGCCGCCAGCACGGAAUCCCUGAUUCAUAAUGAGAAUCAGUGGACAACGAUCCUCGAGGGCAUGAUCUUUGUGCCUUCGAAAGAGCAGGCAGAUCCGACACCAGCGGAGGCAGAGAGGACUCACCUGGCUAACAUGAUGUUGACGAUGAUGCGAGCGAUCAUGUGGAACAAUACGAUGUUAGCAGUACAAAUACACGAAGGCAGACAGCUGCAACAGAUUCAGCAGAAGGAUUUUGCAGCCUUGUCAGCAGCUGUUCGCACUACAGCCACACAUCAGCACCAACAGCAACAGCUGUGGAACACCACCACCGCACGUGUCAGCAGCAUCGAGGCUAAGGCCUCAGCAGCGCCAGGCUGCACGACAGACGAGACGAAGCAACUCAACGGGCGCAUCGAUCACGUCGUCAAGCUCAUCGGCGACAUAGGUGUUUUCAAUGGACCGGACACGAUCAGUAGCACGGUGGCCGCCAUCAAGACGGACAUCACCAAGCUGCAGACGAGACCGGAUGCCGCUACGAAGAAAUACAAGAUGCCGCACUUCGACAUCAGCAAGUUCGACGACCACAACAAGACGGACGCUUUGGCAUGGUGGCAACGUUUCCUCAAGGAAGCAUCAUGCCGCACUGUCCCGGACGACUAUCUGAUGAAGGCGCUAUACUUACAGCUGAUUGGAGGAGCGCAGGCAUGGAUGAACCAUCUGGCGGCUACCCACGCAUGCACCAUCGCCGAACUUCACACGCACAUUACGUGGAAGGAUUUCGAGAAGCUAUGGUUCACCCGUUUCAUGGUCCGCAACGUCGUGAAGGCGGCCAUGAAUGAAGUGUAUACUUGCUCUCAAGGGAAUAUGCCAACUCGAGACUGGACAACCAAGUGGCAGAAGAUAGUGACCACGCCAGGCUUCGAUUUGAAUUUACGCUCCUAUUUGCACACUACAGUACCAGCUCCGUUGAGGGUCGACGGGGUAGCGGUUGUCGAUCUCCGCUCCUAUCUUGCGAAGAUUGACCGCGAGUACGCCACCCAAAGGUACGCCGAAACCGACUCGCCUUUGCUCUGUAUCCGCAAUCAGAUCGGAAAGGCAACCUGUAGUGCCUUGAUUGAUUGCGGAGCGUCUCACAACUUUAUGAGCCAAGCCUUUAUGGUCCGCGCAGGUUUUGGCCCGCGCGUUCGAAGGAAGACGCAACCUACGCAAGUUACACUCGCGGACGGCCGCACGCAAAAGUCAAUUGACCGAUGCAUUGACGGCGUUCCAGUCUACUUUGCGCCACUUGCGUGCGAGCCGGUGUCUUUUGACAUCCUCGACACCAAGUUCGACAUGAUUCUAGGCAUGUCUUGGUUGCGUAGCGCCGACCAUCCAGUGAACUUCCACGACCGGACCGUUCACAUCCGUGAUCAGAACGGGGUGUUAGUCCCAUGUACGGUCGCGACCCCUCACACUUCGAUUGCUUGUCACGUGGUUUCCGUUGCAAGAAUUCGCAACGCCAUAGCUCGGAAUGACGUCGAGGAGAUGGGCCUUGAAUUCUUGCAUGCUCUCCCCUCGCCGGACGGACCAGCCACGUCACCGUCGGACUCACGCAUUUCUCACCUCUUGGACGAGUAUAGAGACGUCUUCGAGGCUCCUACCGGAACGGUCCCGGAUCGGCCCAUACAUCACGGGAUCACUCUCGAGGCUGGCGCCGUCCCUCCGCGUGGAUGUAUUUACCGCAUGAGCGAAGAGGAACUCGAGGUGCUUCGCGCACAACUCGAUGACCUUCUCGACAAGGGCUGGAUUCGCCCUAGUUGCUCGCCAUACGGUGCACCUGUUCUCUUCGUCCGGAAGAAGAACAAAGAUCUACGGUUAUGCAUCGACUAUCGCAAACUUAACGCACAAACCGUAAAGAACGCUGGCCCUCUCCCUCGGAUCGAUGAUCUCCUUGAGCGGUUAGGUGAUGCGACGUACUUCUCGAAGUUGGACUUGAAGUCACGUUACCACCAGAUUGAAAUCCAGCCUCAAGAUCGGUACAAGACCGCAUUCAAGAUACGGUGCACCAAUGUCGUAUUGGCUUGCAUCAGUGGUUACAAUGAAAGGCUUCUGAGGAUCGGGCACCAUGAGAACCUCAUGAUUCAUGAGUGCAUGCUUCAAUCGUUUGAAAGUAACCUCGCACUCAUCACUCCAGUCCCACGGCGUGUCAAGUCGAGUAAGAUCAGUCAAAGGGGAGACGACUGUAGAAUUGUUCUUUACGAAGUUCCUAUAGUAGCUGCACAUUCCUAAGAAAGAUCUGACCUCAGUAACAGUCUGAGGUCGUGGUCAGUCCCUGAUAC